UGCAAGGCAUGCAAUCUCUGUCACAUACCAACUAGCAUAGCAACCACACAGAUCUACUGAGAUCAGAAGUUUGUAUUAGGAUACACAGAUUGAAGUCAUAUUUUACUUAAUGUUAGUUGUUACAGCGUAGCUGCACUAUUGUCUAUAGAAAUAUAGAUCUACCACAUCGGAGUGACCAGGAUGGAGUGGCAGCCAGAUGAACAGGGUCUGCAGCAAGUGCUUCAGCUACUCAAGGACUCCCAGUCCCCAGACACAGCAACACAGAGAGCUGUGCAAGAAAAACUGGAACAACUUAAUCAGUUUCCAGAUUUCAACAACUAUCUCAUCUUUGUCCUCACAAGCCUCAAAUCUGAGGAUGAACCCACUCGCUCUCUGAGCGGUCUGAUACUGAAGAACAAUGUUAAGGCUCACUACCAGAACUUCCCUCCCAAUGUGGCUGACUUCAUCAAACGAGAAUGCCUCAACAACAUCGGAGACCCUUCGCCGCUCAUAAGAGCUACAAUUGGUAUCCUGAUCACGACCAUAGCCUCUAAAGGAGAGCUACAGACCUGGCCGGAACUGUUGCCUCAGCUCUGUAAUCUGCUCAACUCAGAGGACUACAACACCUGCGAAGGUUCUUUUGGAGCACUGCAGAAAAUCUGUGAGGACUCAUCUGAGCUGUUGGAUAGUGAUGCUCUGAACAGACCUCUCAACAUUAUGAUCCCCAAAUUCCUCCAAUUUUUCAAACACUGCAGCCCCAAGAUCAGGUCCCAUGCUAUAGCAUGUGUGAACCAGUUCAUCAUUGGUCGAGCUCAGGCUCUGAUGGAUAACAUAGACACGUUCAUUGAGAGUCUGUUUGCACUGGCUGGUGACGAGGACAGUGAGGUGCGGAAGAACGUGUGCAGGGCUCUUGUCAUGCUGCUGGAAGUCCGCAUUGACCGGCUCAUCCCACACAUGCACAGCAUCAUCCAGUACAUGUUGCAGCGCACCCAAGACCCAGAUGAGAAUGUUGCUCUGGAGGCCUGUGAGUUCUGGCUGACUCUGGCUGAACAGCCCAUCUGCAAAGAGGCCCUCUCUGGCCACUUGGUCCAACUGAUUCCUAUCUUGGUGAAUGGAAUGAAAUACUCCGAGAUUGACAUCAUCCUUCUAAAGGGCGACGUUGAAGAGGAUGAGACGAUUCCAGACAGUGAGCAAGAUAUCAAACCUCGCUUUCAUAAGUCCCGCACCGUCACACUGCAGCACGAAGGAGGGGAGGGCGAGGAGGGGGAGGACAUCGAUGAAGAUGAGGACGAUGAUGAUGAUACACUGUCUGACUGGAACUUACGGAAGUGUUCGGCUGCGGCUCUGGAUGUUCUCGCCAACGUGUUUCGUGAGGAGUUGCUGCCCCAUCUCCUUCCCCUGCUCAAAGGCCUGCUUUUCCACCCUGACUGGGUCAUCAAGGAGUCUGGCAUCCUGGUGCUGGGGGCCAUCGCUGAGGGCUGUAUGCAAGGCAUGGUACCUUACUUGCCAGAGCUCAUCCCCCACCUUAUUCAGUGUUUGUGUGACAAGAAGGCCCUGGUCCGCUCCAUUGCCUGCUGGACUCUCAGCCGCUACGCCCACUGGGUGGUCAGCCAGCCCCCUGACGCCCAUCUCAAACCCCUCAUGACCGAGCUACUCAAACGCAUUCUUGAUGGCAAUAAGAGGGUGCAGGAAGCGGCAUGCAGUGCAUUCGCCACCCUGGAGGAGGAGGCGUGUACAGAGCUGGUGCCUUAUCUGAGCUUCAUCCUGGACACACUGGUUUUUGCUUUUGGGAAGUAUCAGCACAAGAACCUGCUCAUUCUUUAUGAUGCCAUAGGAACUCUGGCGGACUCUGUGGGACACCAUCUCAACCAGCCUGAGUACAUACAGAAGCUGAUGCCUCCACUGAUAGCCAAGUGGAAUGAGCUGAAGGAUGAAGACAAAGAUCUCUUCCCUCUGCUUGAGUGUCUGUCGUCUGUUGCCACGGCGCUGCAGAGUGGCUUCCUCCCCUAUUGCGAGCCCGUCUACCAGCGCUGCGUCACCCUGGUCCAGAAGACUCUGGCUCAAGCCAUGAUGUACAGUCAGCAGCCAGACCAGUACGAGGCACCCGACAAGGAUUUCAUGAUCGUGGCUCUGGAUCUUCUCAGUGGCUUGGCUGAGGGACUUGGAGGCCACGUGGACACGCUUGUGGCUCGCAGUAACAUCAUGACCCUGCUUUUCCAGUGCAUGCAGGAUACGAUGCCUGAAGUAAGGCAGAGUUCAUUUGCUCUACUGGGUGACUUGACCAAGGCUUGCUUCCCUCAUGUCAAACCGUGUAUUGCUGAAUUCAUGCCAAUCCUUGGGACAAAUCUGAACCCAGAGUUCAUCUCUGUCUGCAACAAUGCCACCUGGGCUAUAGGAGAGAUCUGUAUGCAGAUGGGUGUGGAGAUGCAGCCGUACAUCGCUAUGGUUCUGAACCAGCUGGUUGAGAUUAUUAAUCGACCCAACACCCCCAAGACCCUGCUGGAGAACACUGCAAUCACCAUUGGUCGACUGGGCUACGUGUGCCCUCAGGAAGUCGCUCCCAUGCUGCCGCAGUUUAUCCGACCUUGGUGUACGUCUCUGCGGAACAUCCGAGACAACGAGGAGAAAGACUCGGCCUUCCGCGGGAUUUGCAUGAUGAUUGGUGUGAACCCAGGUGGUGUGGUACAGGACUUCAUCUUCUUCUGUGAUGCUGUGGCCUCCUGGGUCAAUCCUAAAGAUGAUCUGAGAGACAUGUUCUACAAGAUCCUGCACGGCUUUAAGGAGCAGGUUGGGGAGGAGAACUGGCAGCAGUUCUCAGAGCAGUUCCCCCCACUGCUAAAGGAGAGACUGGCAGCCUGUUACGGUGUUUAGAUUCUCUACACCCACCCAAGAGGUGAGCCAGCAGGAGGAGGGUGAAUGGGAAACUCAUCCAUCUGUGUAUUGCACUGCCCUGAUCUGGGGGGAGGGAGAGGGACGCUAUUGGCCGCUCCCCCUGACGGACGGCCCCCACGCCCUAUGUGU